UUUCAAGGCCCCGAAGUCACCAACUCAAGACAGAAGCGCGCAUCGCCUGUUAAAUCACAGAAAAAAUCCACGCAAACAACCUCCAAUGUAAAACUACUGAUUAAAGAAGAGCUGCGACUGUUACAGAACCAAAUCUGUACUAAAGAUGAAACGCUUUGCCGCUCAGGACCAAAAGGUAACACUGGACGACGAGGACGGCCUGGUAUCCGAGGAAGAUCAGGUCCCCCAGGGAGACUCGGGCCUGAGGGGCCUCCUGGUAAACAUGGACCAAUAGGACCUCAAGGAGCAAUGGGUAUAAAGGGGGAUCUCGGAAUUCCGGGUGACCCUGGUCCCGUGGGGCCUCGAGGUCCACAAGGUGAGAAAGGCACAAAGGGUGAGCCGGGCCAGUCCAUCUCGGCUCCAACUCUGCUGCAGCGUCCUGUUGAAACCACAGUCAAUGAAAGUCAGACAGUCAUCUUAAAAUGUACAGCCGACGGUAAUCCAACUCCUCUAGUUACGUGGUCUAAGAUACAUUCUUCGCUUCCAGUUGGACGUCACGUGGUAGAGUCCAGUGGCGCUCUUAUCGUAAAGAACGUUAGACCUGGAGACGAGGGUGUUUACAGCUGCAGAGCUGAAAACUUGUUGGGAAGUGUCAACGCGUCUGCGAAACUUACAGUUCAAUGUAAGUUGACCUGUUAUAUUUUCCAGCAUUCUAAUCUUGCAGCAGUCUUAUUUAGAGGUCCUAUGAAGACUAAGAACUUUGUUGUGAUUUUGCUAUUGCAGCAGGUGCUAGAUCAGUCAGGCGACUGAACGGACUAGCAGUAAAAUAGAAGGCUCUUUCUUUCGUUUUCUCUUUCUCGCUUAUUAUUCACUCAGGUUAAUUAACUACUAAACUAAUGAUCUCACAGUUCAUUCAGCUACGAUUAAAACCCACGUACGUUUUAUGUUCUAAGAAAGUCGCAAAUUUUUAAACAUGAAGAGUAUAUUUGGCCAUACAAACACGCUCGUUUAAAAUGUUUUGAUUUGUUAUGCUAUACAGGAUACCUUAAAGGAAUUCAUUGGAACAAUUCAUCGGGAAUUUUAAUCUUAAGAGAGGACAGCUCAUUGAGUUGAAGGAGUAGCCAUAAUUGGGGUAAGAGACCGCAAGCGCGGGGUCCAGGCGGCUCCAUCGAAAUAGCCAAAUGUGCUAUUUUUAGAACAAACUGCGCCACCCUCUACGUCACAAACUCGCGUGGGGAGCCGCGAAACCGCGCGGCUGUCGUGGGGAAAUUCAGGAGAUGGGCGAUCGUUUGCGACUUCAUUUGAGUGCUCUCUGAGCUUUUGAAGUGCUUCAUAUCUCGAGAGGCAAUGCAUGAACAGUGGAGGAAUGAGCGAAUGUUAUAUAAACAUUACUAGAAAUAAGUUUGUAAAUGAUGUAGAUGAAAUAAGUCAUAUAAGGACUGCAUGCGGAAAUGAAAUCAAUUGAAGAAUUCGCGAAUGAUCCUCGCAGUUGUGAACGCAAUUUAUGCAAUUGCGUAAGAAGCCUGAAAGAAAAAUUAGGACUUCAACGGGAUCUGAACCCGUGACCUCGCGAUCCGGUGCGAUACUCUAUCCAACUAAGCUAUGAAGCCACUGAUGUUGGGAACUGGUCCCAACAUCAUGAGUGGCUUCAUAGCUCAGAGUUGGUUAGAGCAUCGCACCAGCAUCGCAAGGUCACGGGUUCAAACAUUCGCUGUCCUCACAAUUAGAGUUAUUGUCCAAGAGGUUCUCCUCAAGGCCUUGCCUCAAAUUCAGAGGAGGCAAUGAUGACAGAAAUUGAAUUUAUUUAUCUCCUACGAAAGUAAUUUCCGACGCCAUUUUGUUUCUUUAUCCUUUGCGCGGCGCCCUCGCAAAGAAUGCGUCUGUGAUUGCGCCUGUCUGUCACACGAGAGGGCACAAUUUAUGCUAAAAAUAGCCAAUAGGCCAUUUGCAUGAUGGCGUCAUUUUACUACUAUGACCAGGAUCGUUCAGGUUUUUUCUUUUUUGUGCAAAUUAGGGCUUUUGUUAUUUAAACCUCACUGUGGCUACCAAAUUUAAAUAAGAAAAGAAAACCUCUCCACAACGGCCACCUUGAGGACAGGAGAAAGUGAGCAUUGUAGAGAGGUGGCCCGUUAUGGGGAGGUAGGGGUGUAAAUUAUAUAACAAAUUUUUUUAGGUAGUAUCUCAGAAUAGUAAUCCAAUCAUAUAUAAUAAUUAUGUAGAGAUAAAAGAAAAAAAAAACCUUGAAUAAUGUUUCGAAUCAAAAUGUUAACGUGUCAAAACGAGCAAGGUUCGCAUUAUUCGCCAGAAGUAUUGGGACAAUUCUUGCUUACUGCGCAGUAUACGAUUGCCGCGAUUAAUCAUCAACACGCCAACGGAAUCAAAUGUCAUACCGUUUUGACCUUUUUGUCAGUCGCUGAAAAAACUGGUCGUUGUCGAGAGGUUUAUUUGGCAGUUGGGGGACGCUUUAGUGGCAGUUGCCGUUAUAGAAAGGUAGCUGAUAGUGGAGGUUCGAAUGUAUUUCGAUGGAACCAACGCCAUUACUGGAAAAGGUAUCCAGUUAUAAUCUCCUACCCCGAUUAUGGCUCCUGGUUGAAGCAUCGUUUCCUUCUCUUGCGGGAUAUGACAGGGCUAACAAUAUUGUUUUAUGUUAUCAAUUUUUUGACAGUUGCUCCUCAGGUCUUGCUGUCUUCUAAAACAAAGUUGGCAGAGGAAAAACAAAACGUCACUAUCGCCUGCACUGCUACUGGUCAGCCGCAACCCGAUAUCAAGUGGUCCAAGUCCGAUGGAACCAUACCGACAGAUAGAAAUGGGGUGAUAAACGGAGCACUGACAAUCUACAAUGUAGCAAAGACGGACAGAGGAACAUACGUUUGUAAGGCAAAGAAUAUCCUCGGAUUCGCAUCAGACACGAGUUUGCUUAUGGUAUUUUCUCCUCUGCGCUUCAAAAUGAAUUUUCCUCAAGAGGUGACUCCUUAUAUUUUUGGUUCAACUGUUCGUUUGCCGUGUGUGGCCGAAAGUGACCUGAAAACUACAAUUACUUGGUCGAAGAAUGGUAAAUCCUCACUUCCUGUUGACGCUAUUGUUCUUCAAAAUAACACUUUAGUUUUGGAAAACUUCAGGAAAUCACACGAGGGAUCCUACAGCUGUGUGGCGACUAAUGCUGUGUCAACAAUUGAGGCUAAAGUCAAAAUCAAUUCUCCAGUUACAGCACCCGUCUCCUGUUCUGUUAUAAGAAAAUACGUGAGCAGUGUGAGCGGAAAUUACGUCAUUGAUCCAGAUAGCGAGGGAGGCCUGGCACCAUUUACUGUAUAUUGUGAUAUGGCUGACAAGAAUGGUGUUGGUGUGACAGUCAUCAGUCACGACAGUGAGAGCAGAACAAAGGUGCGUGACGGCCUUGGUUAUGGAAGUCAGGGUAGUUACUCACGUUUCAUUCAUUACACUGGAGCGAGUCUGUCUCAGCUGACAAGUCUGACCAGAGUCUCCUCACACUGUGAACAGUUUAUCAAAUACGAGUGUUAUGGUUCAAGGCUAUUGAGAAAUGGAAUGGGAUGGUGGGUGUCACGUGAUUCUUCCAAGAUGACGUACUGGGGUGGAGCAUUAGCUGGAAGUGGUAAGUGCGCAUGCGGGAUGACCAACUCAUGUGCGGACUCCAGCUAUGGCUGUAACUGUGAUAAGAAUGACGGUGUAUGGCGGGAAGAUAGCGGUCUCCUGACUGACAAGACAAAACUUCCAAUAAAACAGCUCAGGUUUGGUGAUGCAGGGAAUAGCUACAACCAAGGUUAUCAUACUCUUGGAAAACUCAAGUGUUACGGCUCAUCAUAG